GCACGUGAACACGUCACAUGACGCACAGCGUCAUCACCUGUCAACUCUCUUCCGCAUCUGUCUUCACUCGCUAACUUUAGCCAUGUUUUAGCCCGGUUCCAUUCGUUUGACAUGUCAUCUUGCAGCCGGUCGUCUCGCGUGACGGUGGGACGGACUAUUGUAGUACAUGUCGGUUCUUCACACUACCGAACAGUUUCACGUUCCGUUCAGAAACACGCCGGGAAAACACGGUCAAGCUAACGUUAGCUUCUCGUAGCUAGCCAACAGCCUGCAGAGAAUACCGUCCCCGUGAAGUAACCCACCCGGGCAGAAAGCUUCUAUGAGCCGAGUUUGUCUGACCGGAUCAGAUGAUGUAUCCGCCUUCCAGAAAAGACUUCAUCUCUCUGACGCUCAAUGAUCCCCACGGCCCGUCUUACAACAACGCCAAGCACCGGAGACAGUCCUGCUGGAGGAAAUGGAAGCAGCUGUCUCGUCUCCAGAGAAGCCUCGUCCUGUUCCUGCUGGCGCUGCUGCUCAUAUUUGGACUUCUCACCUACCCCAGCGUCACAGAGCAGUGGAGAGGAUGGGCUGACAGGGAGGACUUGGUGGCGCUGAAUGACAGAGACGUGUCGGAUCUUCCUCAAGGUGUGAAGUCUAUAUUGAAUGGUGCUGCAGGUAAAGUCCCGCCUCCUGCGGCAGGGCCACAUGUGCGGCCUGCUGUGGAACCAGAUGCGGUGGCAGGUGCUGUGGUGGAGCCCAGAGGACCAAACCUCCCUAUUUUUCCUAAACCUCCCAUAAAGAAGAUUUUCCCAAACAAGAGGGGUCCACCGAGCCUGCAGAAAGAUGGAAAUACAUCAGACACAAUCCGCGCAGCGAAGCAAGUGCAAGAGGUGGUUCGCGCAGAAGAAGAAGAAGUAGGAGAGGUGGAGGACAAAGAAAAGAAGAUUGUAAGCUGGAGAGGAGCAAUGAUCGAAGCAGACCAGGCCACGGAGCCUCCCCCAUCGGCCAAUGUGGGAGACGCUGCGGCUCCCCCAGGCCCGGCCAACCCCGCUGACACCGUCCCACCGGAAGUUCCUACUGGAACUGUGGACAGACUGGAGGCUGUAUGUGAUGCCUUCAGGCACGCGUGGAAAGGCUACAAAGACUAUGCCUGGGGUCACGAUGAGCUCAAGCCCAUCUCCAGGUCCUUUGGUGAAUGGUUCGGUCUGGGUCUGACGCUCAUUGAUUCUUUGGACACAAUGUGGAUUUUGGGCCUAAAAGAAGAGUUUGCAGAAGCAAGGGACUGGGUAGAGAAAGAGCUCUCUUUUGACAAGAAUGUGGACGUGAAUCUUUUUGAGACAACCAUCCGUGUCCUCGGGGGCCUGCUGAGCACCUUCCACCUGACAGGAGACCAGCUCUUUCUGGAGAAAGCUAAAGAUCUCGGGUCAAGAUUGAUGCCUGCCUUCAAAACUCCCUCAAAGAUCCCGUUUUCGGACGUGAACAUCGGGAAGGGGACAGCCCACCCCCCCCGAUGGACGUCAGACAGCACGCUGGCUGAGGUCACAAGCAUUCAGCUGGAGUUCAGAGAGCUGAGCCGCCUCACUCAGGACCCGCAGUACCAGGAGGUUGUGAAUGAGGUCAUGAAGCUGGUCCACAAGCUCCCGGGCAAACAAGACGGCCUGGUGCCCAUGUUCAUCAACACCAACACUGGCCAGUUCACCCACAAAGGAGUCUUCACACUGGGCGCCAGGGCAGACAGCUACUAUGAAUACCUGCUCAAGCAGUGGAUCCAGGGAGGCAAGACCGAAGACGACCUGUUGGCGGACUACCUUCAGGCUGUGGACGGAGUAAGAAAACAUCUUGUGAGACAGACGGGGCCCAGCAAAUUGACCUUUGUUGGAGAGUUGUCCCACAGCCGCUUCAACCCUAAAAUGGACCACCUUGUCUGCUUCCUCCCAGGGACCUUGGCCCUCGGGGCCCACAACGGCCUCCCAGGGGACCACAUGGAUCUGGCUGUGCAGUUGAUGGAGACGUGUCAUCAGAUGUACAAGCAGAUGGAGACGGGGCUAAGCCCAGAGAUCGUACACUUCAACCUGCAGGCCAGCGAUGGGAACGAUGUGGUUGUCAAGCCUGCAGACAGACACAACCUGCUGCGGCCGGAGACGGUAGAAAGUCUGUUCUACAUGUACCGAUUCACCAAGGACACCAAGUACAGAGACUGGGGCUGGGAAAUACUGCAGAGCUUCAAUAACUACACCAAAGUCCCCGGCGGUGGCUACACGUCCAUCAACAACGUCCGUGACCCCCUGAACCCGGGGCCCCGGGACAAGAUGGAGAGCUUCUUCCUGGGCGAGACGUUGAAGUACUUCUACCUGCUCUUCUCCGACGCCCCGGAGCUGCUCAGUCUGGACAAGUACGUCUUCAACACGGAGGCCCACGUUCUCCCCAUAUGGCCCUCCGCGCCAAAGUGAUGUCAGCGCGCAGAGAUGUGUGCAGCAGAGGCCCGCACGGGUCAAAGGCCGCCACUGCCGCUGGGCCCGGCGGUUCUCCUGGGCGAGCGGCCAGUUUGACACGUUUCCACGAGGAGUUUAGUUUCACGGUUGGCUUUACUUUUCCUAAGGAAAAUGUUUGUUAGAGCUGGUCUCUAAUAUAAAAAGCUUUUUCUUUUUUCUUCUGUUUAUAAGCGCUCUGUUUUAGCUGAGAGACACGAAAGGAAAUGGCACUGUGGCUUCAUUAAUUGGGUGACUGGGAUAGUUUCUGUUUCCCUCUGGUAACGACACUGUUUGUCAUGUGGGGUAAAUAUCCUCAUUCUGGCCGUGCAGGAGUCCAGAUUUAUUCUCUCAACUCACUGAUGUGAGACAAUGAUGAAAUGUCUGCAGCGCGUUCAGCUCCGUUCAUGUUUAAACGGAUGCUCUGGAGGAGGAGACACAUUGUUGAUCUGCCAGUGCGAUUGCUCGUGUUUCAGAGUGAACAGUAAAGUACACCUGCCAUAACCCAGCGAUCACACAAAUACACUCAUUGAAAACCUAAAAUGCAUCUCUGCCUUCAUUCGUUUGGCUGCUUUCUGGUCAGUUCGCCUGGUUUUGAGCUCAGUGGAUUGUCGUUGCAUACUUUGCAGACUCCCGUUUUCACACCAACAGAGUUCAGCAGACUUGUCUCCUGUGAGGUCACCAGGAGGUCAUAGGUCACUGGAAGUCUGUUCGGAGCUUGUUGGAGGACAGAAAGAUUGUCCGUGUCCUAGCUGAGUAUUUAGAUGAUUUCUACAAUGGAGGCCAGAGACCACAGAAGAAGACCUUUCUAACGAGCCGCAUCAAGAGAGAACCGUUUGAUUUCUCUGACGCUGUCAGACACGUCUAACAAACUGAGCCUGUCACUGGUAGAACAUAAGCCUGUUCUGCUCUCUCUCCUCAAUACCGGACUCAUUUAAAAUGGAGUUUUCUCCAUAAGUCACUUGGACUCAAAAACCUGGUUGCCCUCUAAAAAUGAUGCAUCCAUUCCAGCUACUAUCACGUGACAUGACAACAUCAGUAAACAACAAGCUGUUUGUUGUAGACUGCGUGGUGGAUGGUGCACACACAACCUCUUGUUUUCCUAAUGAAUGUAUACAUUGUUCUCUUACUUUACCAUUUGGUCAUUCAGGGUUACUUGUUACCUGUGUUUCAUAUAAACUCUUGGAUUGUAAUCCCACUUGUUAAAGAUUACAUGAAGGAUUAUUCAUUGAGGCUUGAAUGCAGUCUUAAAUUCGCUGUGAAGUUACACCGAGACAAAACCGCUCCUUACGCCAUCAUUCAGACGCUGUGCUCUGGGCCCCUCGUGGAGGACGAGGUUGGUCGUGUAGUUUGCUUCAUCCCUGAUUCCCUUAAAGUUCCAUCAGCGCUUCGGUCUGAAGGACGUAUCUGGCGUCUGAAGGAGCUGCUGUGAGGACCUUGGACCCUCACUAUUCUGCUUUUACUUUCACUUAUUGUUUUUUUCAGUUGCUUGAACAGACUUCCGGGUUUGGGUUUGUAAACAGACUCGUGUGUAACAGGCCCACGUCGUUGAAUGUGCACUACAUCUGCCGACGCUCUGCUCAAAUGUAAACUGUGCUGCGAUGGUUUGGUUUUGUUUGUUUUUGUUUUGUUGUAUCAGUGGUGUCUAUUUGUGAAGUGCUAUGUGUGUGUGAAAGUAUGAUUAAGGGUUUGUACUUUGACUCUGGAUGGGUGUGUGACAAAGCGACACAGGUGUAAAUUAUUUGUGUAAAUUGUUUCUAACUUGUGUCCAUUGAUUAUUGAUCCUUUUUUGGUUUUCAUGUUCAACGACAUUUCUUUCACCUCUUUUUUUACACAGGCCUUCCAAAUAUCCGUUAGUUUGCAUUUUGUGUUGUGAUGCAAUUAAACUUAGAAAAAGGUUUGUUCUCUAAUUGCUAUCUGAGAAUGAUGGCUGUGCUAGAUGUUGAAACUGUUUCUUCCACAGUAUAAGUAUUUAUCCUUUCUUCCACUAAUCCUAUUUUAGUUUGUGUUGCAUAAAAAAGUCCAAGUCUGAAAGUGGUAUCAGGUGCUUUGUUGAGACUCUUAUUAAAAUUAAAGCCGUUUCAUCAAAAAGUCCUUCAUGUUGGGCAGGAAGACAAAAAUUACUCUGUAGAAGCUGUAACUCUAACAAUUGUGCUUUAUUAAUUCUUAAUGACCUAUUACCAAAUCUGCAAAAAGCCUUACACAUUAAAGGACGAGGCUGGCAUUAUUCUAAUUUGUUUAUUGUAUUUGAAUAACAUGGAAAGAUCGAAAUUAUUAACUUUGUCCCCCUUUUAAUACUUUGACUACUGAAGAUGUUCAUUUCCAAAAAUGUACACAAUUUACUGUUUUUGUCUUUUAAUUCAUCAAUCAUUUCAUAAAUUGUUUGGCACUGUAAUUUGUCAAACGGGAGGAAAUAGCCAAUUUGUUUGACUAUUUUCAGUAGUGUAUUAAUACACAUUAUGUUGUCUGUGGAUGUGCAUCUUGUGGUUGGGUGUUUUUCACGGUAUUGAAGAACACGUUAAACAAUGCUUCUCAAUUAUUUUUAUUUUUUUUGUAUGACAGUGUAUCUCUGUUUACUACACUUGUUGUUUUUUUUUCUCUGCGUGUUGAGCCUGAGAUUUGUGCUCUGUGCUCGCAGAUAACAAGUUAUUUAGGUUCACUUCCCAUUCCCAUGUUUCAACCCUGCUUCUUCCACUGAAAGGAAAUUAGUCUCCUCUAUUUUUUUCAAACAUUUAAAAUAGAUUCUUUUAUGAUGUUUUGCAAUUGUCUAAAGUUAAAACCCAAAUGAGGCUGAACAGCUUUGUAGCAUUUUGUCCUUUCAACUCUUAUCUGAUUGGCAGAAUCUAACAUAAUGUGAUUAUUAUUGAAUCCAAGCCAUAGCAAAAUGACAACUCUACUGUUCUACAUGGAUGUGGAUGACCAAACAUCUGCAUGGUUCAUCUGUUUCUUGCCUGAUCAAGACAUGAUCAAUAAUGUGUUUGCUGGUUCAAUCGAUUUAAUUGAGCCAUGUGAUGACACACGUAUGGACACAGUCCUCACUUCUCUCCACGUUGGCUGAGGUGCUGUGUUUGCCUGCAAGUCCAUAUCCCAUUACUUUGGUUACAUGCGGAAAUGAAAAGUAUUUAUUUUAAUUACGGUCAACAACCACUUUUGUAUACACGCAUUAAAAAAAAAAAAAAAAAGUUCAGGUAUCUGUUUCAUGUUUUCAUAUUUCAUGGAGCUUUGUCUCUGGCCAAUCAUUUAUUAAAUCCGCGUCCACUGAUGGAGCACUUUGUAACUCAAGUUGUGCUUAUUGCAAUGUUCGAACGUCCUACUUGCCAACCUAGUUUUUGAAUAAAUAUUUUCAAUUAAUGUUGUGGGUCU